AUGGACGACCUCGUCGUGACAGAAGAGCGGCGUUCUAGCAUCGAAAAGACACCCAUCCAGGUCGCAACCGACUCCGAUGCCUUCCAUCGACUUCCCGACGAGAUUAUCGAGCAAAUACUCCUCGCCGCUGAACCAAACGAUUUCGCAUCUCUGAUUCUCCUCAACAGCAAGUGGAGAGCAACAUCUCAACGCCCUCACCUUUAUACACAUCAAUUGGCACAAUGCCCGUCCUAUGCAACCUCACAUUCCCCGGUUCCCAUCGCCGUAGAUGAUAAUCUGCCCGCGCUUCGCCGCCUUUUUGCACGCGAGGUCAAACGAAAUCUAUUCGAAUCUUAUAUGCGCCCCAAACGGACCUUGAUAAAGUUGGUGUCCAAUUCAAUCAGCUCUUCAUCAUGUCCUGGUGGAGAGGGAAUGCAGUUUGCCUCUUCACCCAGAGGCCAGCACCUUCUGGCGUACAACUCGUCGAGAAUUUACGUCAUCGAUGUCUGCAGCCCAACAGUCAACGUUAAACGGGAGUUCAAGAUUCAUCGACGACCAGCUUCGGCCUGCAUUACUGAUGAUGCACAUACCCUUGCUGUGCUGUCGAGUGAGAUGCAGGUCGAUAUUUAUGAUUUGACCCAGUCGCCACCACAUCGAGAGCACUCCCUGAUUUUGGACAACAAACCACAGACAAUUGCAAUAUCCGCUUGCGGUGCCGUUCUUGCUGCUGCAUAUGAUGGAGGUAUUGAAGUGUCUUCGUUGAAAUCGUCCGCUCUGGCGACAGAAAAGAGAGCCGUCAAGUGUGACGCGGUUGAUGCCUUGGCCUUUUCACUCGACGGGACCCAGCUUCUGGGCACUACUGUAAACUCGUCUCCGCCGUGUACUGUUGUUCUGACAGCACCGUACUAUGACCCUGGUAGUCAGCUGUUGGAGGAAAAUUUGGGUGCCAUGUGGACUACCUCGAUCCUUUUUCCGAAUACGAGUCGUGACUGCAGUCAUGCCAUAUGGUUGCCCGAUGACGAACAUGGAGAGCCCGAGUGGACAUUCACCUAUGAUCGCAGCUUCGAAACCUUUCGUGCCGUACGCCUCGAUGAUCUCCGAAAUGGGACAACUUAUUUCACUGGCCCGAUUCCGAAUGCCAAGUUGCAGACAAAGCUGUUGCCAUGUACUCUGCCCGCCACCACCUCCCAGGGAGAGCUGGUUUCGGCAGGGUUCCAGGGCAACGAGGUUUGGAUUUAUGGCAUCCCCCAAGAUUUGGACGCUAUACCCGAAGCACCACCAGCAACUCGUGAUGUUACGUCGAAUUCGAACUCUCCAGGACUAGGCAGGCAUAAUAGUACCCAAAGCAGCUUGUCCCGUCGCACCUCGACACGCGGCCAAGAUGGUGCUGAAGCCGAACGGGUGCCUCAGUGGCAGGCUCUCUGCGACAAGCUGCGGAACAAUCUAGUAGCUGGAUUCAAGGUUACCGAAUUAAGUGGUGUUGGCAGUGUCAAGUGGGUUGGAAACUUUGGAGAGCAUUCCUCCCACGAACGGCUUGUGGCUACUGCCACAGGAGUCAUGGGUCCAAGACUAGUGACGGAUGAGGAGGACAUCGACUUUGUUGAUGGUGGACGUAUUGUUUUGCUGGACUUUGAUUACGGCCUCGUGAACGGGGAGACUGUAGAAAUUACGAUUGAAGUGGGAACAGACGGUGCCGAGCCACUGGCCGAGCAGCGACGUGAUUUGGAAACAGAGGUGGCCAUAGUCCGACGAAGAACCGUUGCCCAGAGGCGAGGAGGCAGUGCUGCUCUUCUCCGAGCAGCAACCACAGCAGCCGGACGAGAGCCCCUUCCUUGUCUAAUGCAACCUGGCAACAAGGCAGACGACAAUGACGAUGACGACCCGUUGGCCCCAAGGACUGUUGGACAACAUCCAAUCAACCGCCGAACCGCAGAACCGACUUCUCAGGUUGAGGAAGAAUUUGCAUCCAUGGAGGAGCAGGAGGCUCUUGAUGCACCCUAUGCGCACGCUAGCCCUCGGUCCGGUACAACCCUUCGUCGGGCAGCUACGGCCGCGGCCGUGAAUCGGCGACUGAAUCCUCGCACGGCGGAUGGCCGUCCUAUCGAGUAUCGUCGGGCAGACGGCCGUACCGAACAUCCUCACGAGAGUGAUGCCGACAACUGGGUGCCUCCUCCGCCUCCUUAUCAAAAAGAAGACCCUGGUGAUAUGCCUGUCUUUAUGCGCAGACCUCCGGUGGCGCCAAUGUCGGCUACGGACGACUUAUCAGAUGCGAAGAAAUUUCCACAUUCCGCAGGUGGUUCGACCAGCGAGACUCUCGAUAGCUCUUUAACGUUAGCCCUGGAGCAUCCGCCGAAUGCAACUAGGGAUGGGACUCCGUACAGGCGGACUCAUCAUCAGCAUAACCCAAGCGAGGCUACGAAUAUCGACAGAUUGCAGGUCUUGGAUGUACCUCGCCCGAGAUCUUCACCUUCUAUGCUAUCAGUUCAAGCAGACGACCUCUACGACGUGUCGCCGCCAGCUUCUCCACGCAUAUCGUCUGCGCAUCCUAGCGAGCCCGCGGCGCCUCAGGAUCAGAUGCCGUCACCUACGUCUCGUGGAAAUAGUUCAGCUGUAGCCUCUUUUGAUACGGCCCCAUCCCAGCAAUGGACUGAGUUUCCCGUAGCGACAUCAGUGGCUGGUCCCUUGAGUCCUGGCUCUAGCACUGGGCCUGGAGCUCGGCCCGGAGCGCCAAUAUUGGAACUGCAUAUCCCUUCAUCUGCGUCGAAUGUUGUUCCUGCCCCAGAAGCAGAGCCAGCUGUCAGGCGUCUGUCUAAUGCCCGAACGUGGCCUAAGCAACUUCAGCCAGGAACACAGUCAAACAUGGGCCCAUCACAGCAGUUUUCGGGGCAUCCCUACACUGCUCCGCCUUUGAACGCUACCUCAAACGAUUUUGCAGCGGGCUCUCUUCCGCCCGCGCCGAGUUCCUCUCAGAUUGCGAGCCUGAACAAGAGAAUAAGUCAGGGCAAUCCUCGCCGACUGUCGGGCAAUAUUUUGAAUCCGCAGCUCUGGAUGGGCAAUGGCCGCAGUAUGAAUGAGCCCCUUGGCUCACCGUCGCAGAACCAGCCCCCGCCCAUUUCUGCGGAAGAGGAAAGGUUUCAUGUUACAGAAUUUGAUCGACCUCUCAUCAUCAGUACACCAACCGGAGUUUCCGGAUUGCACGACCCGCCUGAGCGGCGAGGGUCUUCUGCACACGCAGAAACUCCUAUACUUGCUCCCAUUCCACGACGGCCACGACCUGCCAACUUCCCGAGAACGGGGGGGACUGCGCAGCAACUGGAGAAUAUUUACAAUAACCAGCCUGCUGCGGCCUCAUUGCCUCCUCAUAUGCGCUCAACUGCUAACGCCUUGCCCAUGUGGAUGAGAACCCCGUCAAACUCGUCGCGUAGAACGCCUAACAGCGUCAACAGACGCCGCAGCCGUGCGGAAAGAAGCGCAGCAAAGAAUAUGAAGGACGCCAAGAAGAAGGGGUGGAUGCCGAAGAAGAAGAAGAAAGAAUCCCUCUCAGAUAGUACCGGAUGGGUUGACAUACCCACUCCAUCGAAGCCGAAGGAGAGCAAAUGCGUCCUUAUGUGA